UUACUUCCUCUUUGUGGCUUUAUUUUUUUUAUAUAUAUAUAAUUUUUCCCGGUCUCAGGUGAGGGACUUUCAGGGCCCCUCAGAUGAGACCUUAGCUCCAUAUCACUAAUUAGUAAACAUAAAGAUAUAGUAUACACAGUCUGAUAGUUAAAAUACAGUGUUCUCCGUUCUACAGAUAGCGCCGGUCUCUCCUUGCGCCGCCUUCACCUCAUUGGGAGCGACUCGGCGACUCUACACAGUGCUAGGCUAAGAGCAAUGCAUGGUGUGUGUGUGCAGGAUACAGUUGUCACCUCAAGAUGAGUGAGGGGGAGGUCCUCGAGGGGUUCCUGUGUCCCGUGUGUCACCAGGACUGCUUCUCCUUCACACGGCUCCAUGCACACUUUGAGGAGAGCCACUCCACUGAGGGCCUUGUGGUGCCGCAGUCCAUCAAGGGCUUCCUAACCAAGGCCAAGAAGAAGCUACUAAGUGACGAUGAGCCAGACCGGGGAUCGCCGGCCCCCAAGUCACUCCUCAUGUCACUCAGCCCAUCCAAGGGUGGCGCUGGGGGCCUGGGGGAGGAGGAGACAGAUGGGGCUCAGGAGUAUCAGACCAACAAUCCUUGGAACUGGGACCCGCCACCCCCAGGACUCUGGAGAAGCCACUUGAGCUACUUCAAGCGUGUGAGGAGCGCAAGAAUUGACUCUUCUGUGGCAGAAACCAACAAACUUCUCAUCCGCCUUAACAAGCUCCUCAUCGACCUUCCCUCAGACCCAGUUAAGAGGAAAGCUCACGAGCGGUCCAUAGUCAGCUGGGCAGAAGAUCAGGAUGUGCCAUUGUGUCCAUUCUGCGCACGCUCCUUCAGCCUGGCCCGCCGCCGCCACCACUGUCGCCUGUGUGGGGGCAUCAUGUGUCACGACUGUUCACUCAUGCUGACCCUGCAGUAUGCCAAAAAGCUGGUAGCCCCCAUCCACCAGGGCUCAGGAGGUGCAGGGUGGAAGGAGCCGGGCGGGGCAGCGUCCGGAAGUGGGGUGGGGGGUGCAAUGGGCUCUCUUCGGGCGGGGCUGCGGCGGUCAGGCUCACAGGGCUCUCUCAACUCACUUCUCUCAGUGGUUGAUUCCAUAAAGACAGAGCAACACUUCAGGGUCUGCGCACACUGCAUGGCUAGACUGGAUGCUCGGGACAAUCAGGUUGAGCAGCGGACGUCCCGGCUAACAUUGGCGCUCUAUUACGAAAAGCUGAUUGAGUACAGACAGCAACUGGAAAAGCUUCUGCCACAGUUCAUCCAAAUGGCAGACUCCCUGAGGUGUGGGGAGACAACAUACUCUCUACGUGAUGCAGAAGAGUGCCGGAUAAAGCUCCUGAAGAAGGGCGACAGCCUCAACUCUAUGGCAAAUCGCAUCAAAAACCUUGGAGCCAACAGUGACUCCCAAGAACCUCCCGGACCCAGACAAGAACUUCUGCUGCGCCGGAUCCACUCCACAACCUCUCUCUUCCUGAAGGAGCACAUCCUCACCCUACCAAAGCUGCCAACCCAGGAAGAACUCAAGCAGCUACAGGAGAGAAGAAGAAGGGAGGCAGAGGCACGCCUGACAGCAGAGAAGGAGGCAGAGAGGCAGGCAGAGGCCCGGGCCGCCAAGAUCCUGAGGCGGAGAGACAAGGACUCGCCACACUCCACCCCGUCCCACACCCACUACCUCUCCUCAGUGCCCACUCUUAGGAAGGAGUAUACAGAGGAGCAGAUUGUGGUGGACACAGGCUGGGGCGCCGACUCCUCUGCCCACAACGUGACAGAGACAGACGACCCGCUCAUCCAGCAGAUGAAUAUUAUUAGGAACUACAUUAAGCAGGCUAAGGAAGCAAGCCGCUACGACAACAUUCCACUCCUUGAGGCAAACCUGAGGGAGCUGCAAGAGGAGUACAAGAAGCAGCAGCACAUCAUGCACUCAUAGCACCCCCCACACCACCCCCUCCUUACCCCAGGACCAUAAUCAGGGGUAGGCAUGAGGAGCAAUGCCUCCCCCAAAUGUUACCUAGUGAAUUAAUAUUUGUUGGAUUGCUGUAACUUUUAGAGGUGAAUCACAUCAUUAGUGUGUAGGCUGGCCCUGUAGUAUGAGGUGUGUCAUGCAUUUCUUUCUGUAGCCGUAAGAUCAGUCAAGACAGGUGCAGGGAAAGGGUAAAAAUAAUGUGCCCCUUAACCCCUUGACUGCACAUUUCCUAACAAGACCUCACCAAGCUACAGGAAUGGAACAAAAAGUGGCUGCUACAAUUCAAUGAAGAAAAAUGUAAAAUCAUACACCUUGGGAGGGGAUAUCCAGUAUACCAGCACCACACGGGAAACACUCCACUACCCACUAUAGAGGCAGAGAAUGACCUGGGAGUAUGUGUUACCAGGCUACCAGUGAAGGUGAAAUUAGUGCCAAUAGCAGCGGACGGGUUAAAUGUCUUUGGUGCCCCCAGGCCUGCCUUAUUUCUCUUACCAUCUUCUAGCUCCCCUCCACUUUAUUUUACAGUAAAGGAGUAGCUCUAGGUGAAAUACAAGCACAUGGAAAGCCUGCCUAGCACUGCUCCCACACAGAGGAUAUAAAUAGAUUCCAAAAAGAAGGCUCAGAUUUGAUUGGAGAGAUGUCUUGACACCCUUACUAAAAUCAUUCAAGUUGUAGGAAGGAGGAAAUACAUACAAAGGAAAGCUGUUUCAAAGUUUACCAAUGAAAGAGAUAAGAGAAUAAAAUUACUGGUUAAUAUUACAUCAGGAAUUAAGGCAGCAUAGAGGUGAGGUAGAGUUGAGUAGUGCAUCAUGAAAACAUUAAUAAAAGAGGAAGCAGCAGUGUGAUGAAGCUUGAGAGGUAGAAGACAGUCAGUAAAAGGAGGGAAGUUGAUAAGAAGAGAAGCCUUUGACUUUGUCCUUGCAGUCAGUCAUCAGUACGCAGGGGUUGGGUUCCUUGGUUACUCCAGAAAUCAUCAUCAUCAUCAUCAUCA